AUGCCAAAUAAUACUUUUAUGUUAUUGUAUUUAUCAUCUACUGUUCAUGAUGAUACCAUUCAAGGAUAUACAAGUACUAAUGGAUUAUUUAUGUCAAGUUAUGGUAGUCAACAACAUAUCCUUCAUCCAGAAGACCUUCUUCCAUUCCUUAGAAAACCAAUGUUAUUAAUUAUUGAUUCAGACAAACAAAAUUCUUUCAUCCAAUUAUCUCAAAAACAUUUUGAUGUUCCACAUUUAAGUUUAUUUGGUCCAAUAGGUGCAUGGAAGUUAAACACUUGUCCUCUUCCACAUGACUCAAUAUUCACUAAAACUCAAGGAAAAUAUCUUCAAGUAUUUAGUAAUAAAAAAGAUUCUAUAUUUAAUUUAUUCUUAAAUGAUUCAUUAGGUGCAUUCUGUAGAAUGACUGAUGUUGAUCAAAUGACUCCAGACACAAAGGAAGAAUGUUCCAAUCUAUUGAAAAUAUUUUAUGAAAAAUUAUCUAAUGAAUUCUUUACAUGUCCAAAAGUUCCUCAAACUAUUCAAUUAUUUAUGGCUGACCCAUUUGCUAGAAUGCUUAUUUUAAGAUUUGUUUUCUGUAGGUUGGUAUUGUUAAGUUUGAAAUUACCUGGUGACUCUGAUAAUUUCGAUGUUCUUCUUCCAACUAGUAAUCCGCAAAUCCCAAGUGAAAUUUAUGAAAGUGCUACAUGUAAAAACAUUGUGAAAGAUCUUGCUAAUGUUCUUUCAAACUCAAACUGGUUUGAUUUUGAUGAAUGA